AAUUCGGCCAUGGACAUCCUGCCCUUCGCCGUCACACUGCUCCUGAUCGGCUUCUCGGCUUUAUCAGCCUACGAUGACAGCUGGUCCAUUCAGGUUUCCCCAGAGGUGCGAACCAUUGAGGGUUACCCUGCAGUGCUGCCCUGCUCUUUCACACACCCUACACACACCCAACACUCCUCCAUGAAGGUGGUAUGGCGUCUGGGCCACGCUCGCGCCAGCACAGUGCUCUUCCGUUGCUCCAGCCUCAACGGCAGCCAACAGUGUGAGACCGGACCGGACCAGGACCAGCGAUACCGGCUGGAGGGAAACCACAGAGAGCACGACCUGAGUCUGCGCAUCAGCAGCACUGGCCUGCAGGACAACGGGCGCUACUACUGUGGUUUCGAGCUGCCCGACCAACCACACGCCAACUACGAGAACAAAAUGGGCACCCGGCUCCGAGUGGAAGCUCCACCCCGGAUCUUAAGCUUGUCCAUAGGGGGCAGCGUAGACACAAGUCUCAAAGCCCUGUGUCAAGUUCAGGGGUCUCCUCUACCUGACAUCCAGUGGAUGGGUUUAGAUGAAGUUCUCGAUUCGGAUAACGGAGGAGCCCCACUCCCACAGGAAGCUCCGGAUCGCCACAGAACCACCAGCCAGCUCCUGGACAUCCAGCCAGGCGGCCAGUACACCUGCACAGCGUCCAACCCUCUCGGCAACGACCAGGCCACAGUCUACAUCCUGCCCCUGAGUCCAGAAAUGUCUAAGAACAAGAUCAACAGUGAUGAUUCUCUGACUGUACCACUGCUGCUUGGGUUAGCAUUAGCGGUUAAAUUGCUCCUCUUCCUGGGAGGUCUGGGAGGUUUGUUCAUCAAAUGGCAUGUUGGGUCCAAAAGUUUGAGUCAAUCAACCAAAUGA